AUGUUAUCCCAAAGAAUCAUUCAACACACUCGCCAUCAGUUGGCUAGAUCAGUGAAGCCUGCUUCCUUUUCUGUGUUUCGUCAAUUCCACUCUAUCCAUGAAGACAGUGCAUCUGUCUUGCCCAACAAUGUCGAAACUGCCAGUGCCUCUUUCAAGGAAAAUGCUGAAAGGAUGCAACGCUUGGUGGAUGAUUUGAACUUGACUACAGAAAAGAUCAAGCUUGGUGGUGGUGAAGCUGCUCGCAAGAGACAUUUGUCCAGAAAGAAGAUGCUUCCCAGAGAUAGAAUCAAUCGUUUGUUGGAUCCCAAUUCUCCUUUCCUCGAGCUUUCCGCUUUAGCAGGUCAUGAACUAUACGAUGAUGAGGUUCCCGCUGGCAGCAUUAUCACAGGUAUUGGACGCGUGAAUGGCGUGGAGUGUAUGGUGGUUGCAAAUGAUCCAACUGUCAAGGGUGGUUCUUAUUAUCCUAUCACAGUCAAGAAGCAUCUUCGUGCUCAGGAAAUUGCAAAGGAAAACAACCUUCCUUGUAUCUAUCUCGUCGACUCUGGAGGAGCUAACCUUCCCAGACAAGCUGAUGUCUUCCCUGACCGCGAGCAUUUCGGUCGCAUCUUUUACAACCAAGCCAACAUGUCUGCUCAAGGCAUCCCUCAAAUUGCCGCUGUGAUGGGUUCUUGUACUGCCGGUGGUGCUUAUGUACCAGCCAUGGCUGAUGAAAGUAUCAUUGUCAAGAAUCAAGGUACCAUUUUCUUGGCUGGUCCUCCUCUUGUCAAGGCAGCCAUUGGUGAAGUUAUUAGCCCUGAAGAUUUGGGUGGUGCUGAUCUUCAUUGUAAGACUUCUGGUGUUACUGAUCACUACGCUCUGGAUGAUGAACAUGCUCUCGUGUUGGCCCGUAGAGUAGUAGGUACUUUGAACAGAACUAAGAAGCCUCAGUUGGACUUGCGUGUGCCCGAAGAGCCCUUGUAUUCCCCUGAUGAAAUUGGUGGUAUCGUGGGUGACAAUUUGAGAAAGCCAUUUGACAGUAAGAAUAUCAUUUCUCGUAUUGUUGAUGGUAGUCGAUUUGCCGAGUUCAAGGAGAACUAUGGUACCACACUUGUUACAGGUUUUGCUCACAUUCAUGGCAAUCCCGUUGGUAUUGUCGCAAACAACGGUAUUCUCUUUUCUGAAUCUGCAUUGAAGGGUGCUCACUUUAUUCAAUUGUGUUCUCAAAGAGGUAUUCCUCUUGUUUUCCUCCAAAACAUCACUGGUUUCAUGGUUGGUUCUUCUGCUGAAGCUGGUGGUAUUGCCAAGAACGGUGCCAAACUUGUCAAUGCUGUUUCUUGUGCCAAGGUGCCUAAAUUCACCGUUAUCACUGGUGGUAGUUUCGGUGCUGGUAACUAUGGUAUGUGUGGUCGUGCCUAUUCUCCUCGUUUCUUGUGGAUGUGGCCUAAUGCUCGUAUCUCUGUCAUGGGUGGUGAACAAAGUGCCAAUGUGUUGGCUCAAAUCACUAGAGAGAGUAAAGCAAAGAAGGGAGAAUCCUGGUCUCAGGAAGAAGAGGAAAAGUUCAUGGCACCCAUUCGUGAAAAGUAUGAAGCUGAGGGUCAUCCUUACUACUCUAGUGCCAGAUUAUGGGAUGAUGGUGUUAUCAAUCCUCGCGAUACUCGCACAGUCCUUGGUUUAGCCAUCAGUGCAUCCUUAAAUGCUCCUAUCGAAAAGACAAACUUUGGUGUCUUUAGAAUGUAA